GGUGCUCCAUCUGAACAAGGAAACCUACCAGACGCUCGGUCUCGACGGUCGAGUAUCGGAGUUUGCCGGCAAGCGAAACAGCAAAUACGCUUGAACGAUCGAUCAUGCCCAGACUGGGUCAACCGGUUCGGCUCGAGAAGCUUGCCCUCAAGGGCACCGCCGUAUGGCUUUGUCAUAUUGCCGAACUCCUAAUGCCGACGAUGCUCGUUCUGAGCAAACAAGACAGCCACGAAGGGCAAAGCUUUCUGAAAUCGAUCGUUUUUGAGCUACGCGAUGACUACGAUCACUGUAUCCCGGGGCAUUUGUAUGACGAGUUCGGGAAGGAGUUGAUCGCUCAGAUAUCGUGUCUGAUCGUACGGAUCAAGAAGGCACUGGACAUUCGGACGUCCAUGACAAAUUUCCUGUGCCAGAUGAACGUGGCCAACUCGAUGGCGGAGGUUUUGCUGUCGCGGAAGCUACAAGCCAUGCAGAUUGAUGAGUUACCAAAGACGAUGCGGCAUAUAUUCUACUCAAAGAUGAGCGAUCUGAAGGGAUUGCGAUACUUAAGUCUGGGCUCCAUGAGUGGAGGCUGGAAAACUGAGGACAUGGCGCCUACCAUUUUGAACGGGUUGAGCACUAUGAAGAAUUUGACUGGAUUGACGCUGAACUACGACUGCACGGAUAUUAUACUCCGGGCGAUGAUCAAGAACUGUCCCAACCUGGAGUACUUGGACAUUUCAAACUCCAAGUAUGUCACAAAUGACAGCGUUGAGAUUCUGGCCAAACUGAAAAAGCUGAAAGUAGUUAUUCUUAUGCGAACUGAUGUGACCCUCUCCGGUAUGAUCGAGCUUCUUGUCAAGGCGAAGAAUCUCACCGACAUCGGUCGGUACGAUCAACUGGGCCGUUGUCUGGAGUUUAUCGAACAGAACUAUCCGGAAAUCAAUCAUUUGAAGUUGCAAAAGUUCGAGACCCGCUUUGCGACAACUCGCCACAUUCAGCUUCUGGCAGAACUCUGCCCGGACAUGCGCCACGUGUCCAUCUUCCACAACAUGCUUCUCAUGGACCUGAUGACGCUAAUAGCCAUCAACAACCUCGCCGAACUGUAUCUUCUCUCGUGUGACUUCUUCGCCGAUCAAGUUCGAGACGUGCUCCAAGUCAAAGGAUGCAACCUGACCCACUUGCAUCUGGAACACGUCGAACAGAUGGACAUGAACGCUCUGGUCUACAUCAGCCAGUACUGUCCGGACCUGAAAACGCUUUCCCUGUACAACUGUGUCAUGAUCCCGUCUACGUCGGUGUUCCUUAGGCAAUAUGCUAUCCCACCGUUUAUGAACCUCGAACGGCUGGCCUUCAUAUGCGAGUGCCCUUUCCAACAUCUCGAAUUUAUCCUCAUGACUGCGUUGAAACUCAAAUUCCUUCAAGUCGGAACGCUAGCCUACACUAGUGACGAGAUGUUCGAGCGGAUCUUCCUGCGCAAUCCCCUGCAGUACUUGGAGGACGUUCGGAUUAUCCACUCGGACGAAAUGACGAUCGAGACGGCGUACCGAUUCGUUGAAAACUGUCCCAACCUGUUGCUGUUGAACGAGCUCGAGUGCUGGAAGAAGGUCAAGGACUACGAACUGAUGCAACUUCGGCAGAUGAUCAAGGAAAGGAACUAUGCCGUCCAUACGGCACCUCUCAGAAAAUAUGCUCAAGAGUGAAUCUUACUUUUAGACUUAGUAUGUUGUUGCACAUUUGUAUAUGAGAAGCUAUA